UAUACAAUUUAAGAUGUUUGAAAUUAUUAUCAAUUUAACAGUCGCGAGGUGGAUGUGGUUGUUAYCGUAGUUGGUUUCUAAAUUUAAUGAACAAAGCAGUGAACAAUGCAGAAUGUUUUAUUUAUUGCAUUCAAUAAGUUAUUUGUCGACGAGAAGUCACUACAUUGAGARCACUUGCAGCCAUGUAUGAGUAUGGACCAGCACUGUGUACAAAGCUUGGAAAUUUAGUCAUUUUGGCAUGUCAGACUAGUUUUGAGAGGUAAUCUUCCCUUCUCGCUUGGGACUGAGGAAAUAUAUAUGUUACCUGAAGGAAAAAAAGCCGUGGUCGUGUAUUUGGUCGAGUCAAAGCUUUUGAAAGCUGAAGGGCAUUAAACUCAUUACGAAAUAGCUAUGGUAAAGGACGACUUCCUCUCGGAAGCAAAGCUUCAGCGUCGCUUAGAGAAAGCAGAAAGAAAGAUUUCAUCACUGGAGUCGCUCUUACAACAAUCCAAGCAACGAGAGAAUAAUUAUUACGAUGAAGUUUUGGUAAACCACAAACGUUCAGCUAAAAUAAAACAAGAUUUGCGAUUGGCCAGUAGAAAGAAUUCAAAUUUAUUGGAUUUUAUUCRAGAAGCGGAGAAACGAAACAAAACUUUGAGGAAAGAUUAUCUCGAAACUUGCAAGAGGCUGUGCAUGUCUGAAGCAAGUAAUUUGUGCAUCACAAGAAGAGAACAGUUGCUGGAAAAACAAGUGAGUACGAUGAAUCAAAGUUUGCAAGAAAUUGAACAAGAUCUCAACUCUGCUGUUCAUAAAGUCGAAGGAUUCAAACAAGCCGAGGAGCUGGCGCAAAAGAGAAUGAGAGGUGCUAUGGAAGAAGUGUAYGAGCUGCAAGCCAAGAACGCAGAGCUUGAAGAGACAUUGAAUCUAAUGAAAAGAAAGUGUUCCUGCAGCGGGAAGGGAAAUGAAAUUUGCAAAGAAGAACUAAUGGAAUGYGACCGAGAAAUCGCGCAUUCGACUGAAACACAAUCUGCUAAUCUUAAACGAGAGAAAGACGAGCUUCUCGAGCGUGUUCGAGUUACUGAAAAAGAAUUUUUGGAAAGCGAAAGACUUAACUCUAAACUCACGCAAGAAGUCGCUGAUUUGACCCAUAAAAUGACAGAACAAGAUCAUCAAAUCAGACAAUUCAAACAACUGUUUGAGACCACGCGAAGAAAUUAUCAAAACGAKAUAUCGAAACUGGAGGGGUCUGUUUUCAAAUGGCAGUCAAAAUAUAAACAAUGUUUGUUUGAUUUAGAGAMGAAAGAUAUGGAUAACGAAGGAGARCAAACUGAAAAGACUUACAAAGAGUGCUGGGAGUACGAGCUCCAUCUUCGUGAGUAUCARCGUGACAUCCAGGAGCGUGACACCACGAUAGCAUGUCUACAAAAGAUCAACAAUUCCCAUGAGGAUAAGAUUCGACAGAUUUUGAGUGAAUACAAAAAGAAUGAAGACAUUUUUGAUGACAAACUYCUUGUUUAYGACGGAUCUAGUCCCGAUUUACAUCACCAGUUGCAKUUGCUUCUAAGUUUUUACAAAACACGAAGUGAUAUUGCAAGCKCAGAGCUUGCAAACUGGAAAGAAUUGGCCGUUGAAGCACGGUUGUGUCGUGAGAAGGAAACUUCAUUGUUUGAGUCUCAGCUGUCCCUUAUCUCUAAAGAAUAUUAUGCAAAAUACGAGAACUGUAGAACAUCAUUUGUGAAAGAGAAAUCAAGACGUCUUGCGCUCGAAGGUCAAACUCAGAGGCUAUCGAGUGAGCUUGAGGAAUGUCAAAAACAGUUUCACUUGUGUAGAAAACAGCUCGAGGUGUUGAGAGAGCUUCACGAUUCAUUGAUUAACGAAUGCAAUAAAACUACAAGCAUUACUACCGUCACGCAACAAAACAAAAAACACGAAACAGCCUGUUGUGAACCAGUGGCUCUAAAAAUGGCUGACGAGGGUGACAAUUAUGACUCCUCAACGGGUCAUCAACAGCAAGUUGAAGAUACCGAAAUUCAAAUGAAACACGAGAACACAGACUGUGAGCGUGACAGCCUGAACAUUGUUGAAAUAUCUGACCCAAUAGAAGACGCGCUGGACGGGACAACAGCCAACGAGCACUCGAAACCUGUUGUUGCUCGCUUAGAAAUGGAGGGAGAAAAUAGUACCACCCUGAACGGAUCCACAGUUACUGACAGCAGGGAAGAUGAGAGCAACCAAUCACUAAGUGUAGAGGUUCAAAAUCUUCGCUCAAAGAACAAAGAACUGCAGGUUCUCUGCGAUUCACUGAUGGAGGGACGAAACGAGAAAGCGACAGGAGGAGAGAUCAAUUCCGGUCAGCAGUACUGCGAAUCGGCAACCAAGUGCGAAACCUAUGUUAACGAGAUUCAAAAGCUUAGGCAAGAGCUCGAAGAAGCGUCUCUAAGAUAUUCAACUCUAGAAAAAGCUAACUCGGACUUGAAAGCUGAGAAUCAAAGGCUAGAAACACUCGUGCAAGAACUUCAAACACGCAACGCUGUAUUGGAAUCUCAAAAUAAACUCGUUGAUUCGAAAGCAAACAUGGCGAGCGUGGUAAAGUCACCYGAAGUCGACGAAGCGGGAAAUGAUGCUGGUAAAGAUGUGGAAGAUGCUUUAAAUGAGAGCUUUGCUGCACAGGACUUGGCAGACGGUUCAUCUGRUGUCCAACCGCCAGCAGGAAUUAAUGGMAGUAUAAUUAAAGAAGAGCCUGCUCAAACCAAAGAUGAAACGAUCCAGGAAGAACCGUCCACCAUCRCAACAGAUAAGGCACCGUUACCACAAUCCUCGCUUCCUCGUCAUAAACURCCUUCUGCGGCUAGCACAGCGCCUAUACCUUUUGGUAAGCGACAUUCCCAUGCCGGGAUGACACACCGCACAAGGCCUAGAACUGGUUCUACCGAAAUCGAACGUCGUGCUUCGGUAGGAUCUGACGUGAGCGAUACGCAUGUUGACGAGGAAGGUAAACCAAAGCAACCGCCGGUUAAAAAGUACAGCACUUCGCAUCUUGAUGCUUUUAAACCGAAACCGUUCAUGAAAAAGCAAGCAAGUUUAUCGGAUGAUAUUCACUUGUACUCUCGUCAAAGGGUUAGUUCGAAAUCAGGGUCCACAGGAAGUGCUAGCGACACGGAGUCCACUCAAGAAAAUCAGCAAGAACCUUUACAAAGCCCUGUGGAAUCAGRUCCGUCUACUCCAACCGAAACCCCGACAGAUCCUUCGCCAAAACAACCUCCUGCACCGCAUCCAAAACCGCGCAAAACACACGCUGAACCAAGUCCCAAGCCAGCUUUUCAAUCAGGUUUUUCUUAUAAAGAUUACAUGAGCGGAAUUCAUCCCACUGAAGGUUCAGAGACUGCAACUAGUUCUGAACAACCUGCAGAGGAAACUAACGCUGGCGAGUUAGUUUAAAGUAAAAUAUCCAACACACACCGAUGGAAUGUUURAAAUCACCAGUAUGCUAAUGUUGAUGAUUAACUUUUAUAUGUAUUUGGGUCUUUGAAUUCACUCUUUACAAUGGAUUAGUAUUGUACAUGUGUGUUGUUUACACAAGAAUUGGCCGUAUGAUAACUUUCUAAUGUGUGCAAGGUUAUGGAAGGAUACGUUCACUUUUGGGUUCAAAACAACGCCAUUAUCGUCAUAAACAUUUUUAAUUAUCAAAGUAAGACUCCUGCUUAGAGUAAUUAAGGCAGUACUCAGCUAGAAAAUGCAAUAACUAAACCAUUAGCAUGGAAAACUACCGAGGAAAUUACGCUGGAAGCGAACUGAAUCUCCAMAAUGCCUAGUUGUUGUGUAUCAAUUAAUCGAGUUUUAGAGGAAAAAUUCAGCAAUUUAUUCUCUUCUUUGCUGUGAAUUAAAAACAAUGAGCGUUAAUGAGGUUUACCAGCUGAACAAAAAUCUGAAUGAAAGCUCAAGUUGAGCUGAUGAAGGUUAUUCAAGAGUAACAUUUCUUCGUAAUGAACCAACGUUGUUCUAUUGUUUUCAUAAUAUCAAGGAAAUGCCGCCUUCACACAGAUUAAUUCUAUAUUCAGUUUCACUUGGAAUUCUCUCACUUAUCUUUCUUAUUAUUCUAAUAUUAUUCUAAUAUAAAUGCUUUAAAAUCUCUUUUACAAGGCAAAUUAUAAUUCAUGUAGGGUGUUCAAAAUAUAGGAUAAUUUUUACGUAGAUUUGCCUGGGUAACCAACGUUUUGAUUCCAAACGGAUGUACCUAGACUAUACUGCCUAUGAAGGUAUUGAUAAACAAGUGAACAUUUUUAUGACAAAAAAAUCAGUAAUAACAUUUUCACUCAUUUUUCUGCAGAGCUAUAGAUUGUAAUUAAAAUAAAUUAAUUAGUGUUCGUCUCUCAACACAUGGAUUAUUGAAAUCCAAAGUUUCAGUGGUCAACCACAAUCAUACAGACUGGUUUUAAAGGUCAUGCUUUUUAAGUAUUUUGUUUAUACACAGUUAGUAAUAUUUCCAGUUAAACCAGCUUAAUAUAUAGAGAAUACYUACUAUAAUUUUUGAUGUAAAAUGGCAUUAUUAUUCUUUCACACAAAAAAACAUUAAAUUUGCAAAUAUAUUCUGCUUUCUACUCGUUA